GUCCCGGCGUACCUGGGAGGCGCGGCGCUCCGGCCCUCUGGAGCGCUACGCUCUCCCUCUAGCCUAGUCUUCCUCCCGCCGACCCCGCCCGCCCACCGCAAGGGGGCGCCGCAGGCUGCUCGGUGCGGGGCUCACCGCCCGGGAGCGCAGGCGGGCGGGAGCGGGCCAGUGGCGGAGGCCGGCCCGGCGGCGGCCAUGGACCGCUUCGUGUGGACCAGCGGCCUCUUGGAAAUCAACGAGACUCUAGUGAUCCAACAGCGCGGGGUGCGCAUCUACGACGGCGAGGAGAAGAUCAAAUUUGAUGCUGGGACACUCCUUCUUAGUACACAUCGUCUGAUUUGGAGAGAUCAUAAAAAUCAUGAGUGCUGCAUGGCCAUUCCUCUUUCCCAAAUUGUGUUCAUUGAAGAACAGGCAGCUGGAAUUGGGAAGAGUGCCAAAAUAGUGGUUCAUCUUCACACAGCUCCUCCUAACAAAGAACCUGGACCAUUCCAGAGGAGUAAGAACUCCUACAUCAAACUGUCUUUCAGAGAACAUGGUCAGAUUGAGUUUUAUAGGCGUUUAUCAGAGGAAAUGACACAGAGAAGAUGGGAGAAUGUACCAGUUUCCCAGUCAUUACAAACAAGUAGAGGACCCCAGCCAGGAAGAAUAAGAGCUGUAGGAAUUGUAGGUAUUGAAAGGAAACUGGAAGAAAAAAGAAAAGAAACAGACAAAAACAUUUCUGAGGCUUUUGAAGACCUCAGCAAGUUAAUGAUCAAGGCUAAAGAAAUGGUGGAAUUAUCAAAAUCAAUUGCUAAUAAAAUUAAAGAAAAACAAGGAGACAUCACAGAAGAUGAGACCAUCAGGUUUAAAUCCUACUUGCUGAGCAUGGGAAUAGCUAACCCAGUGACCAGGGAAACCUACGGCUCCGGCACACAGUACCACAUGCAGCUGGCCAAACAGCUGGCUGGGAUAUUGCAGGUGCCUUUACAGGAACGAGGGGGAAUCAUGUCACUGACGGAGGUAUACUGUUUAGUAAACCGCGCUCGAGGAAUGGAAUUGCUCUCACCAGAAGAUUUAGUAAAUGCGUGCAAAAUGCUGGAAGCACUGAAAUUACCUCUCAGGCUCCGAGUUUUUGACAGCGGUGUCAUGGUAAUCGAGCUGCAGUCCCACAAGGAAGAGGAAAUGGUGGCCUCGGCCCUGGAGACAGUUUCAGAAAAGGGAUCUCUAACAUCAGAAGAGUUUGCUAAGCUUGUGGGAAUGUCUGUCCUCCUGGCCAAAGAAAGGUUGCUGCUUGCAGAGAAGAUGGGACAUCUUUGCCGAGAUGACUCAGUGGAAGGCUUGCGUUUUUACCCAAAUUUAUUUAUGACACAGAGCUAAGGGUUUUCCAUUUGAAAUCAUUUUUGUCCAUGUGCUUGCAUUCAUGUAGAGGUUGUAUGACAUUGAACUAAGAGACAAACCCUGAUCACCCAGGAAUUUAUUGGAACUUCACAAUAGAAUGUAAAAAACUCUCUUCAUUUCUGCUUAAGUAGCAUGAUUCAGGAAGAUUAUUUAGGAUACACAUAGGAAAAUAAGAAAAAAUGAAUGCCAGUAUGGAUUUAAAAUCAUGUUAUAGUUGUGUAGAACCUUAAGAGUUUAACUUGAAAUAUGGUGAAUUUUAAUUUGAUCUUCAAAUCUCACCAUUCUAUAAAGAAGGGAAUUUAGUUUUGCAGAGAAGAGAAAGAAAGGUGGCCUGUUGGGACAGCUUGGCUUAUUAUUUAUAAGUGAAGUUAUUCUCUAGCCCUCCUGUGUCCAUUUUUUUUUUUUUUUCCAGUUUCUGGCCAGGGCUGUGUUUGAACCUGCCACCUCCAGCAUAUGGGGCCAGUGCCCUACUCCUUUGAGCUACAGGCGCCACCCCAUUUUGGGAUUUUUUUAAUGAGGGAAGUUAUACCCUCUAGGCGGGGCUGAAGAACAGCACAACAUUGGAACAGAGUAUGGAACUGCAGCGUGCCAUGUGAGGCUCCUGUUAGGGCUUUUAGAAACAGUCAUAGGCAUGUCUUCAGCAGACUAAGUAAAACACCUUUGUGAAAGGAGAGAAUUUUAUUGGACUUAAUAUAUAUUCUAACUAGUUUCUUUUAGUUUUUUUAAAUGAUGAUUUCAUGGCAUUUAAAGAAUGCAGCUAUGUCAUUUUGUGAAAAAAAUGCUGUGGAUUUUGAAACUCAAUUAGAAAGCUGUAUAAACAUGCCCAGAGUUAUGAUUACAAAAUUUGGAAGGUGAACAGCUCAGGAAUUCCCUAGACUGUUGUGCAGGUGGAAGGGCAGAGUGAACCUUUCAUAGCUUUACAGGAAGCUUCGUGUUCUUUUACCUCAAAGCCACAGACAGGAAAUAGAAAGUAGAAAACUAAUAGCUUCUUUUUCCUUCAAGGAGUUUCAACAACAAACUUUAAAAAAAUCUAUCAUAUUCCAGCAGUAUUUUUUUCUUUGCUCCGUAAUUAUAAAUUAUGUGGAGUAUUCUAGUAAAACGUUUUAUUGAGAGAAGAGAAGCUGGCUGAUGCUGCUUAGAGAUGGCAUGAAUUUUACAGAGGACUGCCUGACUUCCUAUCACUAUGCUGCCUGCAGUAUGCUGGCACUAUCUCAAACUCAGGGAUCCCACAGGACAGGAGACUCUCUUUGUGAGAUGGAGUGGGAAGUGGAAGGGUAAUGAUGGUUUUGCCUAAGCCUCCAGAAGGCAUAGGGAGAACCCCUCAGACCAGGAAAAGGGCUGCCCAGGGUCACAUCUGGGACCCGUAGGUUUCCCAAACCUGUCACUGACUCUUCAUUGUAGUGACAGAUCCCCUAAGUCCCCCAUUACCCAGCCUCAGGUUUAUCUGGAGGAUAAGUCAGCAUCUGGCCCCCAAGUCUUUUAGGAUCGGCUGGACCACUGUAUGCAUUUGUAUGUCUUGCCUCCUCUGGGCUGCACUUUCUGUUUCACCCUGCUCUGGCAAACUUGUGCACACAUACACAGGAAAUAUCUCAUCUGGCUAAGAUUUUUAACACAUUAAUUCCCAUGUUAGUUGUAUUUACCUUACACGAGUUUUGAGCCCAGGGCCUCAGGAAGCAUAUAUAACUCACAGGUCUUUGACCUAAUAAAAUGCUAAUUUAUUAAUGCUAAUAAAAUAAAAAUAAAAGGCCACAAGGGAAUUUUUUUUUCUAGUGUGGCAUUCAGUGUGUUAAAACUUACAAGGAUAAAUAUUAAUCUGUAUCGCCAGAUCAAAUGAGUUGCAAAUAAGAUUAUUGGAACUACUAGAUCUAGCUCUAAUGAUUUGGAUUCAUAUACUUAUUUACUUAAGUGUGACAACUGAUUAACAAAAGUGUAGCAAUCUGAAUUAUAUAAGGUGAACUACAGAGGAAGAAAAGUAACAUGAAUAUAUUUUACA